AAUCCAGACAUACACGAGCAAAAUCGAGUGAGAAGAGGGGAGAGAAAGGAGAGAAAAAAAAAGGAAAAAAGAGGAACUUGUCUCGUUUGCCCCACUUUCUCCCACAAUCCGGGGGAGUCUUCAGGAAAGGGCUUCGUCCCGCCGCCUCCAUAAAAGCACUUGCCCGCCCACACUGCUCCUCUCCGCUUCCUUCCCUGAACCCUUUCACAUCUAGUCUAUCCACCACCGGCGAUUUAAACACCCCGCCUGUUCCGUCGGUUUGGCUCCCGUACCUGCCCCCCCCCCGACAACUUUCGUUUCCACUCUAAAAGUUUCCACCUGCUUCCGCAAUCUGUCUUCGUGACUGCCCCCACCAUCGUAACGCCUGGAGCAACCGCAAAGCUGUCGUCCACCGACUCAAUCGCUGUCCCCACGCAAGAUAUUAGUUCACGGAAGUCAAGUUUGUUCGUCCACAGUUCUGGCGAACACUCUGGUCUCCGUUUUUAGGCUGUAGAUAGCCAAAUCCUGAAACCUUUCGAGCACCUUCCACUCAUUCUUAUGAGCCGAAAGGAUCUGCUCCGUUUCUUGUCUCUGCGAAAGAAGUGAGUUCAUUCGGAUCAGCCUUCCUGCCUGCCUGUCUGCUCUUUAUUAUUCGGUGAAAGUGGGGGAAGGAAGAGUUUUCAAUUUCAUUGUCUUUUCUAAUUGAAAGCCAAUUUCCAUGAUGUAUGACGUUGUUAACGUUUGCCCUCUUGAAACCCAGGCCCAGAUAACACGGCCCCCGAUAAUCCAUUUGCAACCAGUCCGACCAGCUCCACCCUGAAAACCACUCUCCGGCCUACGAAAACAACUCACACCUCCUCGUCUGCUGAACCGGUAUCCUGCACGGUAUCGGUAUCUUGACGACGGGGCGGAUAGCCCUCCACCUGCACAAUUGAUCCACGCAAUCCACCGACAAUCUCCUCCAAAGUCUCCUCUGCCAGCACGGCUCGCCGUUUGACUCCUCGAUUCCCUCGUCUUUUGUGUCUUCGUCCUCCAUAAUCGGGUAGGCACCGCAUUGUCUAGCUGAUUUAAAAAAGGACUACAAACCGUGCGUCGAGAGAAAAAAAAAAAGCCUAGCUAUUACUAUCGUCUGUCCGCUGCUGCAUCUUGAAAUGGUCGCUCUCGAUUUGGCCGCUGUUAACACAGCGCUUAACAAAUCCCAAGGAACUACACUUUCUAUCAACCAUCAAGCUACCAUCGAUCUCGACUCUUCCAAUGCUUUCGAAGGUAACACAACCCGUAUUACCCCUGUGUAACCGUGCUUAUGUUUGUGUAACAGGACCGGAAAAGCUCCUCGAAGUUUGGUUCACCCCCUCUCCGGAAUUGCUCCCUCCGUCUGCAUCGCCCGAGGGCCUCAAAUGCGUUUCCAAGGAGAGAUGGGAGCAGAUGCUCGAUAUUGUGAAGUGCAAGGUUCUAUCCGUUCUGAAGAACGAGCAUGUGGAUGCGUACCUCCUGAGUGAGAGCAGUAUGUUCGUCUUCCCUCACAAGGUUAUCCUCAAGACCUGCGGGACUACUACACUGCUCAAUGGCCUCCCCGAGAUGCUACGCAUCGCAAGUAAGGAAGCCGGGUUCGGGCCUGGCGGUGGUGCCAUAGCUACCCCAUACAGGGUUUUCUAUUCUAGGAAGUCCUUUAUGUUUCCUGACAAGCAGAUGCAUCCACACAAGAGCUGGAGAGACGAGGUUGGAUACCUGGACGAGUGGUUCCUUAAUGGGAGCGCAUACAUGGUGGGGAAAAUGAACGGAGAGCACUGGUAUCUUUACCUGACCAACCCCGGGAGCAUGCUCUCCCCGCCCCUCACCCCCACCAACGAGCCGGCCAACCCGCUCGAGAGGCACGAGACGGAAACUCAGCCCAUCACCUUCCCCGAAGCCCAGAACAUGGUCUAUAAGAACAUUGGUGGUGGGCGUGAUGGCGGAAGUGGCAAUGGCAUUUUUGACGAGACUUUGGAGGUUUUGAUGACCGAUCUGGACCAGGACAAGGCGAAGCAAUUCUACUUGGAAAGCGCGAGUGCGGUCGCGGCUAGCCAGUACAGACGCCAAAAGGACGAGGAGAGGUCCAGGGAGCCAGUCUCGGCGGAGGAGAGCAUUGGCUCCGACGACUUGCCCGAGGAACUCACUAGCGAGGGGCAUGUUCUCGGAUCAAUUGUUUCGGAGGCUUGUGGGUUGGAUGGGGUUUAUCCCCGCUCCGCGUAUCCGGGUGCUAUGGUGGACUCUUACCUGUUUACACCUUGCGGAUUCUCGGCCAAUGCCAUUAUCCCCUCACCCGACCCGAAGAUCCCCACCACACACUACUUUACUGUGCAUGUCACCCCCGAGCCCCACUGUUCGUACGCCUCCUUCGAGACCAACGUCCCGGGUCGUCAGUCUGGGCGGGAGACAGCCGAAGUCCUGGAACACGUUGUCGGUAUCUUUCGCCCGGGCAGAUUCUCGGUCACCCUCUUUGAGGCGAAGCCCGCCAUGGCAGAUCGUGGGGCUCGCGAGAAUAUUUACGAUGUGACUGCAGCCAAGAGAUCUGCACGCAUGGAUUGCAUUAAGGGGUAUAGACGUGUGGACAAGAUCCGCCAUGACCUUGACGGAUACGAUCUGGUGUUUCGUUACUACGAACGGGACGAUUGGAAGGGUGGGGUCAAGCCCGUUUUGCGAGACUUUUAAGGGGAAAAAAGGUGUCCCUAAUCUUUUUUUUGCUGCCAGGAUUGCGAGUGAUAGUGGUUUGGGUUUGCACUAUUCUACUCCGAUCCAUUUACCGUAGUUUUAUUGAUUGAUUGGUGGGUGGGGAAAACCAAGUGCUUUUCUAUCAUGGUUUUUUUUACGCACGAAAAUAAUUUCUUCAAUUCCAACAUUAGCUGGCGAAUUUGGCUUUUUUUUCUUUUUUUUCUUUUUUUUUCCUCCGAUCUCCCUGUAACCUUUUAUUAUUGUGGAUGCCAUUUCCAUUACUGCGAGCUAGUACUGUACGGCAACUAGCCCACCUAAAAAUUGCUGUAGUCAAGGUCACAAUUUUCAAAAGCAUUACUCGAGU